CUCUCUCUCUCUCUCUCUCCCUUCCUCCCUGACAUUCCAGCAGUGGUGGAGAGUGGAGACAGGAGGGAGCAACAGGAUUCAGACCAGCAAAAGGCUGAGUGAAACUGAAAAAGAGCUUGAGAAAGUUUUUUUUUUUUUCCUCUAUCCUGUUCCGUCUCCCCUUUCUUUCCUGUGUCUGUUCAGCGCCUCUCUCUGCACCGCUGGCGUUCCCGCGCCGUCGUUUCAACACUUCUGCGCUCCUGAUCGCAGAAGAAGCAUCCUCCCUCACUCACUCUCCUCGGGACCCGAAACCGCCGGGAUUACCAGCGACCCAGCGCAGGGAGGAACACCGUCUCUGGAACGAGGGGCUGCAAAGGCCUUGGCUCUUUCACCAUGGCAACCCUCCAGCAGCCCAGCAUGAACAGCCUCCAGCCCCCAGGUGAGAACAGAUCGCUGCCCCCGUCGCCCUCCUGCUCCCCCGCCCGAAACGACUGCGGCAUCGCGCCCCUCACCCCUUCCCCCUCCCCGAGGACGGCGGUCAGGCCCCAGGCGGCCCGGCCCUUCUCCGUGGUGGUGGCCAUCGACUUCGGCACCACGUCCAGCGGCUACGCCUUCAGCUUCGCCCAGGACCCUGAGGCCAUCCACAUGAUGAGGCGCUGGGAGGGCGGGGACCCCGGCGUGGCCAAUCAGAAGAGCCCCACCUGCCUGCUGCUGACGCCGGAGCUGCGGUUCCACAGCUUCGGGUUUUCGGCGCGGGACAGCUACCACGACCUGGACCCGGACGAGGCCCGGCACUGGCUCUACUUCGACAAGUUCAAGAUGAAGAUCCACAGCGCCAGCGACCUCACCAUGGAAACGGAGCUGGAGGCCGUCAGCGGCCGCAGGGUCCGGGCGAUCGAGGUGUUCGUUCACGCGCUGCGGUUCUUCCGCGAGCACGCCCUCAAGGAGGUGAAAGACCAGUCGUCCUCAGUACUGGAGGGUGAUGCAGUGCGCUGGGUGAUCACAGUGCCAGCUGUUUGGAGACAACCUGCCAAGCAGUUUAUGAGAGAGGCAGCUUACCUGGCGGGGCUGGUCUCCGCCGAGGCCCCAGAUCAGCUGCUGAUCGCCCUGGAGCCCGAGGCCGCCUCCAUCUACUGCAGGAAGCUGCGUCUCCACCAGGUGGUGGACCUGAGCACGCGCCCCACGGCCAACGGCGUGGACCCGGACGGGCCCCGGCUCUCCAGCUUCAGACAGGCCAGAGAGCAGCUCCGCAGGGCCAGACACAGCCGGACCUUCCUGGUGGAGAGCGGCACGGGAGAGCUGUGGUCUGAAAUGCAGACAGGCGACAGGUACAUCGUAGCGGACUGCGGGGGAGGGACCGUGGACCUAACCGUGCAUCAGAUCGAGCAGCCGCAGGGCACCCUGAAGGAGCUCUACAAGGCCUCAGGUGGGCCGUAUGGAGCCGUGGGGGUGGACCUGGCCUUCGAGGCCAUGCUGUGCCAGAUCUUCGGGGCGGACUUCAUCGAGAGCUUCAAGGCCAAGCGGCCGGCGGCCUGGGUGGACCUCACCAUCGCCUUCGAGGCCCGCAAGCGCACCGCCUCGCCAACCAGCCCCAACCCGCUCAACAUCUCCCUGCCCUUCUCCUUCAUCGACUUCUACAAGAGACACCGCGGGCAGAGCGUGGAGACCGCCCUGCGCAAGAGCAAUAUGAACAUAGUGAAGUGGUCGUCUCAGGGGAUGCUCCGGCUCACACCGGAGGCCACUAAAGAGCUCUUCCAGCCAACCAUCGACAACAUCGUCAAGCACAUCGAGGACCUGAUGAGGAAACAGGAAGUGCAGGGCGUGCGUUUCCUGUUCCUGGUGGGCGGCUUCGCCGAGUCGGCCAUGCUGCAGCAGGCCGUGCACGCGGCCCUGGGGCGGGGCUGCCGCAUCAUCAUCCCGCAGGACGUGGGCCUGACCAUCCUGAAGGGGGCGGUGCUGUUCGGCCUGGACCCCACCGUGGUGCGCGUGCGCCGCUGCCCUCUCACCUACGGCGUGGGCGUGCUCAACCGCUUCGUGGAGGGCCGCCACCCGCCCGCCAAGCUGCUGGUGAAGGACGGGCGCGACUGGUGCACGGACGUCCUGGACCGCUUCGUGGCCGUCGACCAGUCGGUGGCGCUGGGCGAGGUGGUGAGGCGGAGCUACACGCCCGCCCGGCCGGGCCAGCGCAAGAUCAUCAUCAACGUGUACUGCAGCGCCACGGACGAGGCCGUGUACAUCUCCGACCCGGGCGUGCGCAAGUGCGGCACCGUCACCCUGGACCUGCCCGACCCGGCCCCCGGGGAGCCGCCCGCCCGGCGCCGGGAGAUACGCACCACCAUGCAGUUCGGCGACACCGAGAUCAAGGUCACCGCCCUCGACGUGGCGACCGACCGCUCCGUCCGGGCCGCCAUCGACUUCCUGUCCAACUGACGGGCUUCCUGUCCAACUGACGGGCAGGGUGCCUCGCCGGGCCCUGGAACUCUUGUCUGGAAGUCCGAACUUCAGACACACGACAGACGGGGUGGGGCGACUGAGGACUUAAGUAUGAAGGGCCCAUCCACGCCAAGAACAAUAACUGUAACGGUAGCUACGAAUAUGUCGCUUUUAAAAGUCGUUCUAACUCCCAAGUGGAUGGCAGAGGCCACUCCACGACCGUCAUGUCAACGAUGGCGAUGGACGAUAUCGUUACGAUCGCUUUCGAGCGAUUUCUUCCAGCCGCGUGAACGAUGCAACACUGAAAAAUCCAACCGAAUUCACAGGGUGUCGCUCGCAAAAGGGCUAAUGACAUCGUCGUGCGUCGUCGAGAGACUAUGAACAGGGCGCUAUCGUUCAGCAGUGCGGAUGCUCACACCGUUAUAGUUAUUGUGAUCGUGGCGUGGGUGGGCCUCAAUGCCGAAGAUUCUUUUCUUUUUUUAUCUUAUAAAUAUGAGGAGAUACAUCACUGAUACUCUAGGCCAGUCAGUUUCCAUGGAUAUUUAAUCCAAAUCAUGCCAUUCUGCGUAGUUCUUUAUUAUUAGACGCACCGUAUGUACCAUCCUCCACAAGACAAUGAGUGAUCAUUCUUUACCCACUGAGCAGAACCACAGUAUAUUAUAUGGCAAUAUAGGGCCGAUUCACCCCAUUCAACUCUGAAGGCUGGGACAAGCACUCGGAAACCACUUAUCCAAAGUACCAUGGGGUAAUAAUGGCACUGCCCCCUAGUGGCCAGGAGACAACACAGCCAGCUAAAAAGCUUACGCCCACAGGGAGAAUUUUUGUAACUGGUCUGCUCACAGUACUGUGUGAUUAAAAAAAAAAAAAAAAAAAAUUUAUAAUCUUAAAAUGUGUAUUACGAUAUAUUGCUGAGUGGAAAGAUUGUGACAAGCAGGGUAUCCCAUAAUAUUUUCCUUUGACACUACUGGGUUAUUGUUUUGUUUCUGCUUUGGACAUUGCACCAGGCCAUGACUGUACGGAACCGCUGGAGGCCAGUGGCAAAGUGACUUUAACUGGGAUAAAGAACAGCCUUCAUUUAUGAUGAAUACCAGGCCAACACAAACCAAAGGCUGACAGACAUACCGUCUUGAUGUUUAGAGAACCCGUUUUGUGGCUACAAGACUCACAACUGCAUUCACGUCAUUUAUCGAGAAAUAUGCUACAUUUACGUUUAUGCUGUAAUGUGUACACUUGUUUAAAGCUUAUAUAAAAAAAAUGAAUAAUUA